AUGUGCGUCCAGGAUGGCCUGUUCAGGUAUACCUCCGGCCGAUGGCUGAUCAAUGAGGAGCACCAACUCAAGAAGCGUUACGUGAAAUUCAAUAUCAACAAUAUUUGCUCCCAAGUCGCCUCUCUCUUUGGCCCUGGAACAGAGUGUGGAAACUUCAACAAGGCUUUCUUUCUCACAAUGAAUGACGGCAAUGAGGUUAUAGUGAAAAUCCCUUGUCCAAAUGCUGGGGCGCCGUUACUAACCACGGCGUCCGAAGUAGUUACGUUGAAGUUUCAUCCAAGUGAUCGACUGUGGGAACCCUUCACAUCCUGGCAGCUCUUAUCAAAUGGCUCUAUGGUUCCAUUAAGAAACUGCCUACAUGCUGUCCAUUCGAGUUUACGGAAGACUAUCUUCAAAGGCACAACGAGCAGGUCCAGCUUUACAAAGACGCAGUAUAUAUGUGGGAUACCGCGAGGGGCCAACUCCACACGGAUGACAGCGGCUGAAUCCCAGUUGAACAAUGGGAAUAUACAAGUGAUGAACAAAUAUCUCUUUGAUAUGUAUGUGGAGACUAUGAGCGAAGAGUUGUCACCGGAAGCAGCGUCAAAACGGUGA